AUGGGACCCCGUAGAAAACGCCAGCGCCUUUCUGUAGAUGGCUCAGAAGCCGUAACUGCGAUUGGAGAGCCUGAACAGCCCUCCGAUGUCGUCGAACCCACUCCCGAAGGCCCUCCAGCUCCCAAACAGGACCUCCAACACCGUCGCUCGCUCUUCGUUCGCUCCCUAGCCGCGACUGUCACUACCGAAGACCUCACGGAGCACUUCUCCGAGUCGUACCCAAUUAAACAUGCCCUAGCUGUCCUCGACCCAGCGACUAAGCAAUGUAAAGGCUAUGGAUUUGUUACCUUCGCCGACGCCGAGGAUGCCCAGAGGGCGAAAGAGGAGCUAGAUGGCUCGCAAUUAAAAGGACGAAAAAUAAGGAUAGAGAUUGCAGAGCCUCGCAAUCGCGACGUGGACUCUGAGGUUCCGGGCCACAAGAAGAGCAUCCCCUCUGCCGCUUCUAUUGAGGCGAAGGCAGCGCGAGUGAAGGAGAGGAAGGAGCAGCAGAACCAUCCUCCAAAGCUAAUUGUUCGCAAUCUACCGUGGAGCAUAAGGACGCCAGAUCAAUUGGCGGUGUUGUUCCGGAGCUAUGGCAAGAUCAAACAGGCUAUUUUGCCAAAGAAGCCGGAUGGGCUGCUCCACGGCUUUGGCAUUGUUCUUUUGAGGGGGAGGCAGAAUGCUGAGAAGGCAAUUACAGGGGUCAAUGGCAAGGAGGUGGAUGGCAGGACACUAGCUGUUGAUUGGGCAGUGGAGAGGGAAGCGUGGCAAAAUCUUCAGAGUACUGCCCAGGAAGAGAAUGCAACUGACCAGGCAGGUGGGCCGGCAACCCCUGAGAAGGAUUUCAUUAUGGAAUCAGACGCUGAAGAUGGGGAUGGCGAAGCAGACGAAGAAUCCGACUUAGGAGAUAGCAACGCCGACUACGAGGACAUCUCCGACAGCGAGGAUGGUGGUGUGGAGAUCGAACCGGAAACGACAAAACCAAAGUCCGACUCUAACAACACACUCUUCAUCCGAAAUCUUCCCUUCUCAGCCGACGAUGAAGGCUUGAAGGAACACUUCGAACAGUUCGGACGCAUCCGCUACGCUCGUGUAGUCCUCGACCAUGAAACCGAACGACCUAGGGGCACUGGGUUCGUAUGUUUCGCGCAAGAAGAAGACGCUACCAGCUGCUUGAGGGGCAUCCCACGAACGAAGCUUCAGAAGACAACUGCCGAAAAGGAUGGCUCUACCUUCACUGUCACCCGUUCGAUCCUCGAGAACGAAGAUGCAGACCCGACGGGAAAGUACACAAUGGACGGUCGCAUCUUACAUAUCUCACGCGCAGUCGAUAAAAGCGAGGCCGCACGUCUCACUGCCGAGGGCGCUGCAUCACGCUUUACUCGCGAUAAAGACAAACGCCGACUGUACCUUCUAUCUGAGGGAACCAUCUCCACAGACUCGCCGCUCUACCAGAAGCUCUCUCCAUCGGAAAUCACACUGAGAGAAUCCAGCGCCAAGCAGCGGAAACAGCUUAUCCAGAGUAAUCCCUCCUUGCAUCUUAGCUUAACCCGAUUAUCCAUCAGAAACAUUCCCCGAAGUAUCACGAGCAAAGACCUAAAGGCCCUCGCCCGCCGGGCUGUUGUUGGCUUCGCCGAAGACGUCAAAGCUGACAAGCGGCAAAAGCUGUCCAAGGAGGAGCGUCUCCGCGGCGGAGAAGCCAUGCUCGUCGCCGAAAAGAUGCGCAAGAAACGCGGUAAAGGCAUCGUCAAGCAAGCUAAAAUCGUCUUUGAGACACCCGAAGGCAGUAAAGUCGCUGAAGGUACCGGCGCUGGCCGAAGUCGGGGAUACGGCUUCAUCGAGUACUACACACACCGAAGCGCGCUGAUGGGACUGCGCUGGCUGAACGGCCAUGCUGUGGACUACCGAGUUAAGGGCGAGUUGCCAAAGGCAAAGAAAGCGGCCAAAGAGGCAAUGGAGGAUAGGAAGAAACGUUUGAUUGUCGAGUUCGCUAUCGAGAAUGCAAACGUAGUUCAUCGGCGCAGCGACCAAGAGGCCAAAGCGCGAGAGCACCCGAGAGAGAAGACUAAGGGGAAUGUGGAUGGCGUCAAUGGUGGUACUGGCACGACAUCUGGAAGUAAACGAAAACGUGACUCGAGUGCUGCUGCGUCUGCUGUUUCGAGGAAGGGUACGAAAGCGCGGGGGACAGGCGCGGCUGCGGGAAAGGAGGCUAAUGCGAGUAUGCCGACGAGGGAUGGGAAGAUCGCGCAGAGGUCGAAUAUUAUUCGGAAGAAACGCAUGGUGAGACGGGCGAAGAAGGCGGGUAAGGCUGUGUAG